UCUCGUACGCAUGCCAAAUUGCAGAUAUAUAAACAGUUAAACACCCAUUUGUAAAGGCCUGCAAGUGAUACCUCAUAACUCCAGCAAUCCACAAAUAUUUUGAUAGAGAUACUCGUAACUCAAAGUGGUCUCGGCCAGUUUACGGCCGGGCAGUUGGACUAAUUACUCAGGUUCAAUUUACUAUUGGCGGGAGUAAAAGAAAAUGGCGGAAAACGACGAGGUGUCGCCACCGGCGCCAGCGUUCAGGCUCCGGUGGGACGUGUUCCUGAGCUUCAGAGGGGAGGACACUCGCCACGGCUUCACGGACCGCCUCUACAAAGCCCUCCUCGUGGAAGGCGUUCGUGCCUUCCGCGACAACGAGGGCACGAGCAAAGGCGACGAGAUCGCGCCGAGCCUUGUCGACGCGAUCCACGACUCCGCCGCCGCCAUCGCCGUCGUCUCCCCCAGCUACGCCUCCUCGCGGUGGUGCCUCGAGGAGCUCGCGACGAUCUGCGAGUGCCGAAGGCUCCUUAUCCCCGUGUUCUUCAACGUGGACCCCUCGCACGUGCGGCGGCAGAAAGGACCGUUCGAAGAGGACUUUCGAAGCCUCGAGAGGAAGUUUGGGGUGGAAAACGUCGCGCGGUGGAGAAAUGCGAUGGAAAAGGCGGGUGGGAUCUCUGGUUGGGUGUAUGAGAGUAGCGGAGAACCUGAGUUGAUUCAAUUAUUAGUUAGAAGGAUUUUGGCUGAAUUAAGCAACACUCCAAUGGGCGUGGCUUCAUAUGCUGUGGGGCUGAAUUACCGCAUUGAGGAACUAUUGAGAUUGUUAGAUGUUAAAUCUAAUGGCAUACGAGUUUUGGGGCUUCACGGAAUUGGUGGGGUCGGCAAGACAACCCUUGCAAAAGCUGUCUACAAUAAACUUAUCAGUCACUUUGAACACCGCAGCUUCAUUUCCAACGUUAGAGAGAUGUCUAUGCAACAAAAUGGUUUAGUAUCUCUCCAGAACAAACUCCUUCACAAUCUUUCAGGAAGGGCAUCUCAAGUAGAAAAUGCUAAUGCUGAAAAAAUUUCAAUUGAAAGGAUUCUUCAUGAGAAGCGAGUCCUUAUUGUUUUAGAUGAUGUAGACAAUGGAAGCAGCCUUGUUGCCAAGAGAGAGUGGCUUUAUGAAGGAAGCAGAAUAAUUAUUACUACAAGAGAUAGAGAUGUUCUGAUUGCUCAUCAUGUGAAUGAGAUGUAUGAAGUGAGAGCAUUGGGUUCCUCCGAUUCACUAGACCUUUUCCGUUACCAUGCAUUGAGAACUAAAAAAGCCUCUGAAACUUUCCUGAGUCUGUCUCAACAAAUUGUGUCCCUUACUGGAGGAUUACCCUUGGCUCUGGAGGUAUUUGGUUCUUUUCUGUUUGAUAAGAGGAGAGUGGAGGAAUGGGAAGAUGCUUUGCAAAAGCUGAAGCAGAUUCGUCCGCGCCAUCUCCAGGAUGUUCUGAAGAUAAGUUUUGAUGGGCUGGAUGAGGAAGAGAAGUGUAUAUUCCUCGAUAUUGCUUGUUUAUUUGUAGAUCUAAAAAUGGGGAGAGAUGAAGUGAUUGACAUAGUGAAGGGCUGCGGUUUCAGAGCUGAGAUUGCGAUCAAUGUCCUGGUAGCAAGGUCUCUUGUUAAAUUUCAGGAAAAGAGUGUUUGGAUGCAUGACCAAAUUAGGGAUAUGGGUAGACAAAUUGUUCAGCAUGAAAACCUUGCAGAUCCUGGUAAGCGGAGUAGACUGUGGGAUCGCCGUGAAAUUCUGACUGUCUUGAAAGAUAGGAUGGGAACGAAAUGUAAUCAAGGAAUCAUUCUAGACUUUGAAAAGAAUCAUAAGGAGGUGAUCCCUAAAUCAGUUUCUUUGGACAUACUCCAAAUGACACCCAAUAUCACCUCUGUAAUAACAUACUUGAUGGGUUUUUGGAGAGAGUACUUCUACUCUGGAGCCAAGAAAGAGGGAGAGGUGAUACUUGAGACUGAACCAUUUCAAAAGAUGGUUCAUCUGAGACUUCUUCAGUUAAGUAACGUGAGCUUGGAGGGAAAUUUCAAAUGCAUACCUCCUGAACUAAAGUGGCUACAAUGGAGGAAAUGUCCUUUGAAAAAUCUUCCUUCUGAUUUUUGUGCGCAGCAACUUACUGUUCUUGAUCUCUCAGACAGCAAGAUAGAAAAUGUAUGGGGCUUGAGAUGGUGGAGUUGGUACAAGAACAAGGUGGCGGAGAACUUGAUGGUUAUGAAUCUUCAUGGCUGUUACAACCUAACUGCUGUUCCUGAUUUAUCCAGUCAUCACGCCUUGGAAAAGCUGAUCCUUGAGGGUUGUGCUAGUUUAACAACUAUCCAUAAAUCACUUGGUGACGUAACUACAUUACGUCAUUUGAACCUGAGGGAUUGUUCUAACCUUGUGGACUUUCCAAACGAAGUCUCUGGUCUGAAAAAUCUAGAGACCCUUAUCCUCUCUGGUUGCUCUAAACUGAAAGAACUACCACAUAACAUGGAUUGCUUGAAUUCCUUAAGAAAGCUUCUCGUUGAUAAUACUGCGAUAGAGCGAUUGCCUGAAUCUAUAUUCCAGCUUACAAAACUUGAAGUUCUCAGUUUAAACGAAUGCCAAUCGCUAAAGCGGUUACCCCCUUGCAUAGGGCAGCUGGGUUCUUUAAGGGACCUUUCGCUUAAUGGUUUGGCAUUAAAAGAGUUACCUGAUUCCCUUGGCUUGUUGGUAAAUCUGGAGACGCUAAGUUUGAUGAGGUGUAAAUCGCUUACUGUAAUACCUGCUUCUGUUGGUAAUCUCAGAAUGUUAGCGAGAUUUUGGCUUAAUAGUUGUUCAGUGAGGGAGCUGCCAGCUUCUAUUGGUUCAUUAUCCUAUCUGAAAAAAAUUUCAGUUGGAAACUGUUCUUCUCUCACCAAACUGCCUGUUUCCAUUGGUCGGUUGGCUUCCCUUGUUGAGCUUCAAUUAGAUGGGACAUCGAUACUAGAUCUUCCAGAUGAGGUUGAUGGUUUGAAAUCUCUUGAAAGGCUUGAGAUGAGAAAUUGUAAAUCGCUUAGAUCAUUGCCAGAUUCAAUCGGACGCUUGGUAACUCUUACUAGGUUGAUCAUCGUGAAUGCUUCCAUUGUAGAGCUGCCGGAAUCCAUAGGAAUGUUGGAAAACCUCACCAUGUUAAGAUUGAGUAUGUGUGUGAAGCUUUGCAGACUUCCCGCAUCAAUUGGGAAUUUGAAAUUCCUCCACCACUUGGACAUGGUGGAAACUUCAGUGGCAGAACUACCCGAAAGCUUUGGCAUGCUUUCCAGGUUGAUGAUUUUGGAAAUGGGAAAGAAGCCGUAUCGUGAGGUAUCUGAGGAGGCUAAAACUACAGAGAGAGCUACUAAGCUGAUUGUGCUUCCAUCUUCUUUCUCAAAUCUUUCAGCGCUGGAAGAAUUUGAUGCCCGCGCGUGGAAACUUUCUGGAAAAAUACAGGAUGAUUUUGAGAAGUUGUCGUGUUUAGAUACUUUGAAUCUGGGUCACAAUGACUUUCACAGUCUUCCUUGUAGUCUAAGAGGACUCUCUAUUCUAAAAAGGCUUUUUCUGCUGCACUGUGAGAAUCUCCGAGUUCUACCCCCACUCCCGUCAAGUUUGUUGGAGUUGAAUGCUGAAAGCUGUACUUCAUUGGACACUUUAUCCGAUUUAUCAAAUCUAGAAAAUUUACAUGACCUGAACCUCGCGAACUGUGUUAAAUUAAAGUCUAUUCCGGGACUGGAAUGCUUGAAGUCCUUAAGAAGGUUGUAUAUGGCUGGGUGUAGUUCCUGCUCUUCAGUGGCUAAGGGAAAACUUGGCAAGCUUGCUUUGAAGUAUAUGUACAAUUUAAGUGUCCCUGGAAGCGAAAUCCCAGAUUGGUUCACUCCAGAAGUGAUUUGUUACUCGAAGCCCAAAAACCGAGUGAUCAAAGCUGUAAUUGUAUGCGUUGUAGUCUCUAUCAACCAUCAAAUACCAGAUGACUUAAGAGACCAACUCCCUUAUGUGGCGGGUAUCGAAAUAAGGAUCCUUAGAGAGAACAAACCGGAACCAAUAUUUACCACUGUACCGCAUUUAUCAGGAGUUCCGAAAAAUGAUGAAGAUCACUUCUACUUGUGCCGUUAUCCAGAUUUUCGCCCCUUAGUUUUUCUUUUACAAGAAGGCGAUAAGAUUCAAGUGGCAAGGCGGAACCCUCCUGUGGUCGAGGGGGUUCAGCUCAAGAAAUGUGGGAUUCAUCUUGUUUUUGAACACGACGACGAUUAUGAUGGAGAUGAAAAAUGGUUGCACGAAAGUCAACAGUCUGUAUCACAGAAAUUGGCAACGUUUGUUGGAUCUGAGGAAGACACCCGUACAAGGGAUAACAUUUCUGAGAACGAUGGAGAAACGGAAGGGAGGAAACAAAGCAAAAGACUAUUAUCGUCUAAUCAUCGGAACUAUUUUGUUCUUCUCUUCAUUGCUCUUCCAUCUGCCUUUCUGCUGCUGAGUUGGUUGGUAUUCAUGUUCUUUACUUAGUGCUUUUCCGUUUCUCUUGCAGUUUCCGCAAAUUUUCAAGUUCCGCCAUGGGACGGUUCCUAAAUAUUUUGUUCUUUGAACUCAUCCUUUUUCUGCCAUCCAUACUGCACAAUUAAACUUAGAUUACGUAAUAUAUAACUUAAUAUUUUCUAAUAUUAUGCUAACAAUUUUAUGGUUAUAUGUAGCUUGAAAAUUGCUAAGUUAUGCUUAUGGAGAAGAUAGAGAAUUGGAUUGUGUCUUGUCAAAAAAAUUCAAAGCAUAAAUAAAUGUCUUGUAUGAGAAAUUCAUGGAGAGGAAUGUAUAAGGGCCAUCGGAGGGGAUAAAUGGUUAGCCUCUUUCGAUGUGAUUGUCAA